CUGGCCAGAGCAUUACAGACAGGAUAACCGCCGCACAGCACAGUGUCACCGGCUCGGCGAUUUCCAAAACUGUGUGCAAGGCGACCACGCAUGAAGUCAUGGGGCCAAAAAAGAAACAUUUGGACUGUUACUAUCAAGGUCAAGUGCUGUGGCUGAAGGGUAGAGUGGUCGUCCUCCAACCAGAAGGUCGGCAGUUCGAUCCCCAGUCUGACCCAUCUGCAUGCUGAAGUGUCCUUGGGCAAGAUGCUGAACCCUGAAUGGCCCCCCCAUAGAAUAACAAAGUGCUGCGAAUAGAUGCACUGUAUGAAUGCGUUUGUGAAUGGGUGAAUGUAAAACUGUACUGUAAAGCACUUUGAGUGGUCAGCUAGACUAGAAAAGCGCUGUAUAAAUACAAAACCAUUUACCAUUUACCAUUAUGAUUAAAUCUGAACAACUUUAGUACGAUUGACUAUAGUAAAGACGUCUGAGCACAUGUUCAGAACUAAAGUGAGCCUGUAAUGCAGAGAUACACUCCUGAUCAAAAUCUUAAGACCAGUUAAAAAAUGCAUGAAUUUGCAUUUUGCACUGUUGAAUCUUAGGAAGGUUCUAAGUAGAGUUUAAAAAUGCAAAAAGAAGAAAUGGGAACAAGAGCCCAAAAGUUGUGAGCAGGCAAUUUAUUGAAAACAACAAUUUAACUGAAGUAGGCUGUUCAUCAGCUGAUCAAAAGUUUAAGACCACAGCUAAAAAAAAAAAAAAACAGAAAUUAAAGUGUAAAAAACUGACUCAGUAAUGAGUAGCUCCACCAUUAUUGUUGAUCACUUCAAAAAAUCGUUUUGGCAUGCUUGAUGCAAGUGUUUCCAAAAGGCUAGUGCGAAUGUUGCGCCAAGUGGUGAAGAUGGCUUCACGAAGGGCAUCCACUGUCUGGAACUGAAGUCCAUUUUUGUAAGCUUCCCUUGCCAUCCAUCCCCAAAUGUUCUCAAUUCGAUUAAGAUCAGGGGAACACGCAGGAUGGUCCAAAAAAGUGAUGUUAUUCUCCUGCUGAAAAACCCAGUCGUUACCACACAGACGAGGGCCCUCAGUCAUGAGGAAUGCCCGCUGCAACAUCUCCACAUAGCCAGCUGCUGUUUGACGCCCCUGCACAACCUGGAGCUCCAUUGUUCCAUUGAAGGAAAAAGCACCCCAGAUCAUGAUGGCGCCCCCUCCACUGUGCCGCAUAGAAAACAUCUCAGGUGGCAUCUCCUUGUCAUGCCAGUAACGUUGGAAGCCAUCAGGACCAUCAAGGUAAAAUAAUUCUCGUCAGAGAAUAAAACUUUCUUCCACCUUUGAAUGUCCCAUGUUUGGUGCUCCCUUGCAAAGUCUAAACGGGCAAUUUUGUGGCGUUGAAGGAGACGUGGGCUUUGAAGACGUUUCUUGUUUUUGAAGCCCUUCCUUCGCAGAUGCCGUCUGAUGGUUAUUGGGCUGCAGUCAGCACCAGUAAUGGCCUUAAUUUGGGACGAGGAUCGUCCCGUGUCUUGACGGACAGCCAUUCAGAUCCUCCGGCUCAGCGCCGGUGAGAUUUUUUUGAGUCUACCACUUGAUCUUUUUUGUUCCAUAACCCUGAGGAUCUUUUAAGAAAUGCAAAAUGACUGUCUUACUGUGUCCAACCUCAGCAGCGGUGGCACGUUGUGAGAGGCCUUGUUUAUGCAGUUCAACAAUCCUACCACGUUCAAAGACGACUUGAUUCAUUGCACGAAUGAGAUGAAUGUGAACAUCCCUCAGCUGGCGGACACGCUGUUUGAGAGGACCACUAACAACAGCUGGGUUGUUGUCUUCAAGUCCCUCACCACUACACACCAACUGAUGGUCUAUGGCAAUGAGAGAUUCAUUCAGUAUCUGGCUUCAAGGAACACACUAUUCAACCUGAGCAAUUUUUUGGACAAAAGUGGAUUACAAGGCUAUGAUAUGUCAACGUUCAUAAGGAGGUAUAGCCGCUACCUGAAUGAGAAGGCUGUGUCCUACAGACAAGUUGCUUUUGACUUCACUAAAGUAAAAAGAGGGUCCGAUGGGUUGAUGAGAACAAUGAACACAGAGAAACUCCUCAAGACCAUCCCUAUCAUCCAAAAUCAGAUGGAUGUGUUACUCGAUUUCAAUGUCACCUCUGAAGAGCUUAAAACAUCUCCACCUGUCUUCCAGGUCAAUGCUAACGAACUGACAAAUGGUGUGAUCAACGCAGCUUUCAUGCUUCUCUUCAAAGAUGCGAUUCGACUGUUUGCUGCCUACAAUGAAGGCAUAAUCAACCUCCUGGAGAAAUACUUUGACAUGAAGAAAGUUCAGUGCAAAGAUGGACUUGAUAUCUACAAAAAAUUCCUUACACGAAUGACAAGAAUCUCCGAGUUCCUCAAAGUUGCAGAGCAAGUGGGGAUUGAUAGAGGAGACAUCCCAGAUUUGUCUCAGGCCCCCAGCAGCCUGCUGGAUGCCCUGGAACAGCACUUGGCCUCUUUAGAGGGAAAGAAAGUCAAAGAAUCAACAGCAGCCAGCAGGGCCAGCACCCUGUCCAGUGCGGUCUCUUCCCUGGCCAACACCGGCAUCUCUUUCACCAAAGUGGACGAGAGGGAAAAACAGGCAGCCUUGGAGGAAGAGCAGACUCGCCUAAAAACACUAAAAGAGCAGCGUCUCAAAGACCUCCAGAGGAAUCCUGCAACAGCAACCACAGACUCCUCCCCUGUCUCCUCAAUGGGUGGAACAAUCAAUUCAGCCCCUGCCAUUGACCUCUUCUCAGUCCCCAGCUCCACCAACAGCAUGUCCAAGGCAGCCAAUGACCUUCUGGACCUGCAGCCAGCCUUCCAGCAGUCGCUGCCUCUCACCACCAAUAACUCAUGGGGAGAUACUUUUAACUAUGCUGCAGAAGCUGUGGAGGAAUCUACCUCAAACUCAAACCCUUUCAUCACAAUACCUGUUGUCGAUGCCGUCCACCCGUCCACGGCGUCCUCGGACGCUGGCAGUCUGUCCUCUCAGACACCUAGUCAUGAAGUGUUCGAUCAUUACACUCCUUCUUUUGACUCCAGCUCUUCGCUGACAUCUGAUCUUGAAACUGGUGCACAGAUAGUGACAUUUAUCACAGACUCCUUCUGUGGGCCAAGCCCUUACACCACUCUCUUCCAAUCUGAGCCCCCUGCUGUAGCUGGUCUAUUCAGAGGGUUUACAGCCUCCCCAACACCACAGCAGCCACAAGACUCUCGAGGCCUUAACGUCGACUUUGACUCAGUAUUUGGCAACAACACUAAUGCUAACAACCUGGAUUCUUCUGGUGGCAUCCUCAAACCCACAGUGACAUCCUCGCCCAAUCAGAGCAUGACCCUGAAUGGCCAACAACCCAACAGACUUGUGUCCAAUGACUUGGACUCCUCACUGGCCAAUCUUGUCGGCAAUCUAGGAAUGAGCAACGACACUGCAAAGAAUGAUCUUCACUGGAGUCAGCCUGGUGAGAGGAAGCUGACGGGUGGAAGCAACUGGCAACCCAAGUCAGCACUUUCCACCACCUGGAACCCUGCAACCAUGGCUCCAUCUGUCAUGGCCUACCCUGCAACCACACCGACAGGCAUGAUGGCAUAUGCAAUGCCUCCUCACAUGGGCUCAAUGAUGAUAACACAGCCCACUAUGAUGUACAACCAGCCUGUGAUGAGGCCAGCCAACCCCUUCAGCCCCAACCCAGGUGCUCAGUCCCCCACAACCUCUAGUCCCUCCAGUCUCAGCCCACUCAGAGCUCCAGGGAAGGACCCCUAUGCACAGCUCUUUCUACAGAAUUUUUUAUAGAGCAUCUUUAGAUGCAGUUUAUGUAACCUGAGGAGGGGCGGGAAGUCGUUCCCAUCUGAAGAUGAUUCACAACAAAGUCAAGUAUCAGAGCAAACCUGCAGUUUGCUUCUAAUGAACUCACCUCUCUGAGAAGGAUAGACCCAAAUAAGACUGAAUAACACCACAGUGACUCAGAGUGGCUCCAUCCCGCUCACUGGACAUCGUGCCAAUCUCGCCAUGUCUAUGUCACGGUGGAGGAGGAGGAGGAGGAGGAGGAGGAGGGAGCAUGUGCUGCCAUUCAAAUCAUGUGGACUCAUGUAGACAGGGAUCAGCCCAUACUGUAUCCUGGACUAAGAGAAACUCAACACCUAAAGGGAGUGACUUCUGACAUCACUUUGAUUUGAUUGAUCACCAUUUGUGUACAUGGAAAAAAGAAAAGAGAGUUGUUGUGUGUGCACACAAAUACACACAAUUUUUUUUGUUUGAGUUGUCUCUUACUGUUUUCGUUCCUCUUUCUCCAGGCAAGGCUAGAAAGUUGUCUCCUUUUGGUCAUGAUUAUUUACCCCAAACUUCCUCAAAUUAAGACAAUUGCAAAAUCCAGUUUAUACCACACUCUUUUCUUUUGUGUUCUUUGUAUGUAUUGUUUGCAGUAGACAUUCCUUGUAUAUUGUUUGUAUUUAUUUAUGAUUACCUAUCGAAAGGAUGACAUUAUCAAACAAAAUGUAAAUGUGACCAGUCACUGACCUGCCUCAUGUGGAAGGUCUUCAGGUUUAUACAUAGGUAUGAUUGAUUGUAGAAUUGGAUUUUGAGUGAUUGAGAUGAUUUUUUUUAAACAAAAAAGUUAAUAUAAAGUUUAAAAAAAGAUGACACGUUUUGCUGCUGGGGCACUAAAUAUUCUCUUUACUCGCAUGAUGCCUUGUACAGUUAUAUGUGGCUCGGGAGUGGUGGGUUGUCAACACUGGGGAUCUGUUUCAAAGUAAUUAUUCAUUAACACCAUCAAAUCUGAUAAUUUAUGACUUCAAUUUCUAUGAAUUGGACCACAUGCUUCACGUCAGCAGAAGCACUACAUUGUACGAUGGAGGCAGCAUUGCAUUGGAGAGGAGUGGAGUUGGAUGGAGUUUCUGCUUUUGAUGCUUUUGGCAUGUCAUUUAUUCUUCCAUUUAACAAAGCUCCUGGCUGCCCCAUUCUCCGGCCUGAAUGUCCUGGGUCGCUUUCAUGGUUAGAUCAUGUUUUCAUAGGCCAGCACCUGGGUGCUUUGGGCACAGUGGGGGAUGGGGUAGAGGUGGGGUUGGGGCCGGGGCCACUAAGGUCCAGUGGUGCAGGAGAAUGGAGCACUGUUGAUCGGUGCUUUGUGUAUAUAAAACUGAUCCUGCAGACAAGGGGUGGGGUGUGGAUAUGCUAUAUGGCCUGAACAUGAAAGUGGCCCCUAAUCCAUUAACUGAGCAUAUUUGUUGCAUUGUCCCCGCAGAUUAUAUUUUUUGUUAGAUUUUUGUUUUGUUUUGUCCCCCAAUAAAUUGCAAGCUUCCACAAUC